AUCCAACCCAAACCCAGCGUCCUGUGUCGGAACAUUGGACUCCGAGCGUUUUCUCUUCGCCGCGGCCCCUCGCGCCCUCCCGCCGGACAUGCCUUUUCUCGAGCUGGACACGAAUUUGCCCGCCGACCGCUUGCCCUCGGGGCUGGAGAAGCGGCUCUGCGCGGCCACCGCCGCCAUCCUGGGCAAACCCGAGGACCGCGUGAGCGUGACUGUGCGGCCGGGCCUGAGCAUGGUGUUGAACGGCUCCACGGAACCCUGCGCGCAGGUGCUUGUCUCUUCCAUCGGCGUGGUGGGCACGGCCGAGGAGAACCGCGGCCACAGUGCCCGCCUUUUCGAGUUCCUCACCAAGGAGCUGGCCCUGAGCCAGGACCGGAUAAUUAUCCGCUUUUUCCCUGUGGAGCCCUGGCAGAUUGGAAAGAAAGGGACGGUCAUGACUUUUUUAUGAUUGGCAUGGAUCCAGGGCAUCGGUGAGCCGCCUGCUCGUUUCAGAGAGGAUUCCUGGCAGAGUGAGGGCCUGGUGGCUAUGUUUUGGGCACCCCCUCAUGCAGACAUGCCUGUGACUUCACAGUCCUCCUCUUCCCUAUCAUGACAAAUAAAUGAAGAGAGCUUCAUUGUUCAAA